GAGGCCCGGAAGCAAGGGUACAAGGGGAGGGGAACAAGGAGAUUCAGAGCGGGGAGGAGGGAGAGGGAGGGGGACUGCCAUGCCAUGCGCCCGUGCCAUGAUGGCCGCUGUGGCAUCAUCUUUGUCGUAGACGGUUAAAGGGAGGACACCGCUCGCUCCUCCGGAAAGAAGCUGCCGGCUCUGCUUUGCUGCCAUCUCUCUUUCUUCUCCCCCCUAGUUUCUUUCUUUCCUUCUUCGGUGGCCGCUUUUCGCUCCGUCUUUUCCCCGUCGGCUUUGGGGUGGGGGGAAAGAAAUGAUGCGAGGUUCCGUCCAUGCCUGCCUAGAUGCUGCGGCUGCUCCUCUUUAGUAGUAGUAGUACUGCCUGCGGUGGCGGGUGAGGGACGGAGCGAAGGGAGGUGGGCUGGGCAGGGUACCCGUGCUCCUCCGGUGAUUCGCUCGGUGCCUCUGAUGGUCUGAUGUCCUGAGGCUUUGAGGCGACUCUGCUCUCGUUUUUCUGCGGAGCUGCUGAUUUGGUGGAGGAUUGGGGGCGUCUGCGCGUGGCCGGAGCCGAGGAGGGUUUGCGCUGCCGGAUUGGAGAGCAGGAGAGGUAUAUGAACUAGUGCUGCUUCUGCAGCUACCUCCAGGGGUCAUAAGCUUCCUACGAAGCAUGGCAGAGUUCAAGGUUGGAAGCCUUGAUGCCCGAGCAACAAAGUUCAGAACCGUCCCGAUUGCUGUCACCCCAGAAGGGUUCUGGUGCUGCCCAUCGCAGACCGUGCUGCAGAAGACAGUGAAGAACCAAAACCAGCAGGCAAGGCCUAAAGUGGGCGCGUCCCCUCCUGCCUCAAAGGCCUCCUCGCUCCAGAGGGCGCUGACUAUCUCGUCGGAGAGGAGAACGCAUUCCACUCCAACAAGGUCCAGAGCUAAUUCAGAUGAGCAACGAUGCCCGUCGGCGGACAAUGCCACCUCCAAUCCACCAAAGGUGGCGAGCGAGAGGCCACCGAAGCAGCAUAAGAUAUCUGUUGGGUUUGGUCAGAUUGAGAUGAGUGACUUGAGAGUUGUCCUCUAUGGCAAGGAUGGGGUUGCUGUGAAGAUGAGUGUGCACAAGAACAUCCUUGCUGAAAAUAGCACCUUCUUUUCUGAUAAGCUAGCAAGGCAAUCUCCAGUGUCUAGCAUAGAAGUGCCUGAUUGUGAAGAUGUGGAGAUUUAUGUUGAGACUGUUGGCUUGAUGUACUGCAAUGAUGUCAAGCAGAGGUUGAUCAAGAAAAGUGUUCCACGCGUUCUUCGAAUCUUGAAGGUUGCAGAAUUAUUGGGUUUCCGAGCAUGUGUUCUGUCAUGCUUGAAUUACUUGGAAGCGGUCCCUUGGGCCGGGGAAGAAGAGGAGAAUGUGGUCUCAUCUGUUCGGCAUCUUCAGACUGAGGAUUACGGUGUCACCCCAAUACUGAAGAGGGUAUGCUCUGACCUAACGAGCCCACCAAAUGACACGUUUGUGCGUAUCAUAGAACUAGUCUUGAAAAGCAGUGAUGACAGAGGGAGGCGCGAGAUGAAGUCCUUGGUGCUCAAGCUUCUCAAGGAGAACAACAGCAGCUGUGCCAGUAGCUCUGCUGACCUGUGUGUUGAGACUCUCUACAGUUACUGCCAGAAUUGCCUGGAGUCCUUGCUGACCCUGUUUCAGCAAGCAUCUGACAGUGAUUUCUCUGAGCAGUCUUCAGAGCUCAAGGAACCGGUUCUUCGGCAGAUUACGCUCGAAGCGGAUAAUCUCCUGUGGUUAACCGAUAUUUUGGCUGGCCGGAAUGCCGCAGAAGAAUUUGCAGGCUUGUGGUCUAACCAACGUGAGCUAGCUGGGCUUCACUCCAAGCUACCGACCAAGUCGCGCCACCUUGUGAGCUGCGUCACUGCGAGGCUCUUUGUGGCGAUUGGGAAAGGCGAAAUGCUCCCGUCCAAGGACACCAGGCAGCUCCUCCUGGAUGUCUGGCUGCAGCCUCUCAUGGAUGACUACAACUGGCUGCAGCACGGUUGCAGGUCGUUCGACCGGACCGUCGUCGAGGAAGGGAUCGGGUCGACGAUCCUGACGCUGCCGCUGGAGGAUCAGCAGACGAUACUGCUCUCGUGGCUCGGGAGUUUCCUCAAGGUCGGUAACAGCUGCCCCAACCUGCAGAAGGCCUUUGAGGUGUGGUGGAGGAGGACCUUUGUGCGGCCUUACGUCGAACAGCAGGGAAGCCGGUCGCAGUCGGGUCGGAGCUGAGAUCUCCGGUGGCGGCUUGCGCAGGGAGGCUAUCGCGGGCGCCGAUUCGUAAGUAGAACAUCGCUGAAGAAGAUUUAGUCUAUAAGUUGAUUUGUGUGAGGCUUUGAGAUAUGUUUGUGCGCUGUGCUUUGUGAUGCUUCUUCGGUUCUUCGCUGACACGUGAAGUUCCCUGAAUUCUGGCCUACCGAAUGUCUUGUCUGAUGUGCUGCUUACUUACCACGGGACAUCAGUUUGUUGCAUUGUGUUUUGUUACUACGACAUUGUGCGGUAUUGGUGACACUGUAUUAUUGCGGCUCACAUGUAGAAACUGAAUGCUUGUGAUGCAACUGUAAAUAUUUUGCUGGGAUGUAGGAGUACGUACUAUUGUGAUAUUAUUAUCUGAGAUUUGGGAGAGUGAGGAGUACUUUGAA